UCGUCUUAGCCCCCGUCAUUUUUGUCUAUGACGUCAUUUGUGAAUUACACAAGCGUCACUGGUGGAGUCUGUUGUGGAAAAUUUCGUCGAAUCCAUGGCAGCGGCGGCGAGUGAACUCUGUUUUUUCCUAAUAAAACUAUAAGACCGGAUCGACGGAUUUCGAAACGGCCUGCUGAUAACUAUAUCAACGCACCUCGAUCAACGCUUUAUUCGCCUCGAGGAACCCCCUGUACGGACCAAGUGUAGUUACAACUCCUGGAUAUUCACCAAUCUAUUAAAAUGUCGAUGCAACAGUUCUGUUUACGGUGGAACAAUCAUCAGCCUAAUUUCAUUUCGGUGUUCUCAAAUUUAUUGAACAAUGAGACACUGGUGGAUGUGACACUGGCUGCUGAGGGCAGGCAGCUGCAGGCACACAAAGUUGUACUGUCUGCGUGCAGUACAUACUUUCAGUCACUGUUCACUGUUAAUCCGUGUCAGCAUCCAAUUGUUAUAUUAAAAGAUGUAAAAUUUUCCGAUCUAAAGAUCAUGGUUGAUUUUAUGUACUAUGGUGAAGUAAACAUAUCACAGGACCAGUUGCCAUCAAUUAUAAAGACUGCAGAAAGCUUAAAAAUCAAAGGAUUAGCAGAAAUGCAUACUCCAUCUUUGACAAAGUGGCCUAGUGGUAGCAGUGAGCCUGGAGGAGGAGAUCGUGGAGACUCUUGUUCCCCUAGUCCAUCUCCAUUGUCACCAUCAUUUCGUAGGAAGAGAUUAAGGAAAUCAUCCACAGGAUCGACAUCUGGGUCUGGUGACAAGACAGAAGAGAUUAAUGAAAUCACUUUAGUUGCCACCAAUAUUGUAAAACCAGAGCCUCUGAUAGUGUCACAAGAAGUUGGUGAAAACCUCAGGAGACCUGUGAAUACCAAUACAGAAUCUCAAGGCAGCAUUGAUGAAGAUCAGAUAUCAAUUAUGAGUAACAUGGAGAACAGUUCAGCUACCACACCAGCGCAAAGUGAUGGUUCAAUACAAGAUGUAAGUCAACAAUCAGGAGGAAAUGUAGCACAGAGUUCAAUUUCUUCGCAACCACCUGCACAUCAAGGAUUGCAAUGGACUAUUAUGGAGCACACAUAUCCACGUUUCGCUCUGUCCUCGUGUCAAACGAAUCUGUCGAUCCAAGCGUCAUCGGCAUUUACCACGCCCGAAAUAACAGCUUCCUCGAGCAUCAGCGAUCAGUAUUCUGGUACCAGCACGACUGGUUCUAGUUGCGCCCUGACGAGUUACCCAAACUCCUCGCACGGGACGCUGCAGCACGCGUCGUCAGGCGGACCGUCACCGUCCGCCCAGUGUCCGAGUAACUGCCAGAGCCCAUGCGCCAGUCCGCAGACCACGAUCAAACGGAAACGUUCGACGAAUCCGCAGGCAGACGAGAACUUUAUCAGAGCUUUGGACGCCGUACGUUACGGCGGCAUUGGAUUCUGCAAGGCGGCCAGGAUGUUCGGUGUGAACAAUCGAACGCUGUGGCUGGAGUACAAAAAACGGGGCUACCCGAACAAUCGGCCGAGCUUGAAGUCGCGGGUCAAACAAGAGGUCAAUUCCUCACCGCCACCGUCGCAGUCCGCACAGCCGGUCAAUUCGCAGAGUCCCACACCAAUGGGACCGCCCACUACGCCGCACAGUACACACAAUACCCACAGCACGCACACCAUGCUGACCACUCACAGCCCCCAUACGAUGCUGAGCGGUUAUAUCGAUAGCAGGCAUACGGAUUACGCGUUGCCCAGCACCACGAUGCCGAUCAAUUUGCACGGCGUUAAUUACAACGCGAUGUGAGCCUGCCCGAACACGAUCGGCGCCCCCAUCAACUGUAUAGACGAGCUUGAAAAGUAUUAAGAUCUUCGUGUUCGUGAACCGAACGUGAA